GAUUAAAAUCCCGUUUUGUCUUGAUUUAUUGUGCUGUCUCGGCUAAGACCUUCGCAAUUGCAACAAUGUGAAAUUUCUAGAAGGCACUCACGUAUAUGAUAGAAUUUAGGGUAUUUAUGAGCAUCUCUGAAAAUAAUUACAUUAAAAAUAACAAAAAACACAUAUAUUGCUGAUAUAUUAUGUUCAAUAUUUCGACAUUUCAUUCGGUCUUUUUCUUUUUGGUAUAUAGCUUUUUGUCAUUGUCACCAAACUGAAUUUGAAGGUCAAUUGAAAAGAAAUUUAACAAAGCAAACAAAUGAAAAUGAAAGUUAAAAGUUAUUAUAAUAUGUCGCACUGACUUCGAAAUUUUCAACGGAAAGAAAUUAUAUUGAAUGAAAAGAUUUACAUCUCGAUAAAAUAUUUAUGUUUAGAAUUGGUUUUUCAUGAUGGAUCAUAUGUUAAGUCAACUCCUACAUAAUGAAAAAAAACAUCAAGCCGUGUCGAAUGAACUUGUAGUUUUAACUUGCUCGGUAAAUAUUUGACUCUUAAAGUUAGAAAAGUAGCUAUUAGUUAUGUUAUUUGUAUUUCCUUUUUCUUUCUUCUUCACUUUCUCUUGCAAAACAAAAAAAAAUCAUCGAGUGCCUCUUUUCUCACAAAACAGACUACUCUCACAUGUCUCACCAUAUCAAGCAUGUAUCAAAGAAAGAAGAGAAGGUAACACAUACCAAAGGAGAAAACAGAUAUAAGAUCAAAAUAAUAUAUAUUAAAGAAUACGAAUAAGAAGAAGAGAACAACAAGCUGAGAUGGAACAUGGCUAACAAUUACGACAGAGGCAUUGGCUAUUACUCUUUUUAUCACAUGAUCUUUUUUAUCUUUUUUCAAAUAGUUUGACAAGACCGUAGUUAUUCAUCUCAAAUUUUAUUUCAUUUUUAAACUGUAUAGAAAUGAAAGAAAAUUAGCUUAAUUUAUUUUUCUUGUAUUUAUGGUAAAACGUUAUACGUAUGUCAAAGGUAGCACAGUGGGUGUGGGUGUCGGUAUUCAUCUAUCUGACAACGAAAUACACAUCCACACCCCACAAGAAUGAAAUUCGAUUUUCAGGAUCUCUUUAAUUUAUAUGAAACUUCGAGUUUGAUUCCGUCAAAGUUCGAUCCAGAUCUCUAAUUAUUGAGCUGAUUAUUGACCACUAGUUGUUGUAUUCUUGUGCUUUUCUUUUUACAUGACGAAGCUGAAAAACAUCACAAGACUCUUUUCUCUGCGUCGUAAUCUACUCUUAUCUGAAGGUAUCGCCCAACCAUUAAUUUUAUGUGUGACACCAUUAAGAACUUUUGCGCAUGUAAAGUUGUCUCCUUUUUUUUGCUUAAAAUAGACGAAGAAGGAAAAAUGACGAUGUAUUGAUUCAUGUGUUAUUCGUUACGGAAUUGCUAUAAAAAGUGAAAAAGUGUUAAACAUUGUUCAGAAAGAAAGAAAUUUUAAAUUGUUUUUUUUUUUUUAUUUAGAAAAAGUGGCUAUGUCGAUUGUAAGUUCACCACGACAAAUAAUAAUCCAAAUAGUUCGUAAAUCCGACGGUAAAACAAUGAAAAUGAACAUAGCUGAAACUGAUAAUCGUAAAGUAAAAUAUAUUAAAAGUCAAUUGAAUCAUUUAUUUCAUCCAUAUGCCAAAUUUCGCUUGUAUUAUAAUGGUAAACAUAUUAAAUCUAGACACAAAUUAAGUUAUUAUGGUAUAACAAGCAAUCAAUCAAAUAUUGAAAUUAUUUUGAUUUAA